AUGGAACCCGUAACACCAAUGCGCCCGAUGAUGCCCGGCGCCUACAUGAACACCCCAGGAGGACCGGGCACGGCAAAUCCAACGCGGCGACGACUCGAUUUCUCCCAAGCCGUCGGUGGCGGCCCCAAGAGCGCAACAGCGACCACACCAGCAGCCGGAACGACAACAUCGGGCAACGGCCCUCCCGAAAUCGCGAGCGGAAUGCUGCCAGCGACCCAAGUGCGCGAUGAUGUGCCUCUUAUUGUCAAGGCUGCCCGGGUCAUCAACCAGACUCUGCAGACCGAUGAGAGCUACCCCGAUCUUGAUUCUUACUGCAGGCCCGGUGCUUCGUCUGACUACGAUCUCCACAAUGAAAACGAGCCAUGGGCGCCCUUCAACAAGCCCUCGAUGUAUAACAUCCCCGACAGCAUCUUCAACCAUCUAAACAGCGCCGCGGUGGUGACAAAACUGGGACUAUUUGCCGGCAUCAACUACGCCUGGGCGUCGAUUGACAGCUCCCUAUUUCUUUGGGACUAUACACACCCAAACCCGGAACUCAUUGGCUACGAGGAUGCCGCGCACACCAUUACGGCUGUGGCUCUUGUGCCUCCCAAACCCGGGGUUUUCAUCAAGGACAUCACGCACAUCCUGGUCGUGGCCACCACCACCGAAAUACACCUGCUCGGCGUUGCGGCGGCUCCGACGCCUUCCGGAUCAAGAUCGGUUACUCUUUACGAGACAAAUAUGUCAGUCCAUCGAGGAGGCAGCGACGUUAGCUACAUCGUAGGCACCAAGGAUGGUCGCAUUUUCCUCGGCGGCGACACAGACACUGAUAUUCACGAGCUGUUCUACCAGCAAGAGGAGAGGUGGUUUUCGAGCAGAUGCGGCAAGAUUAACCAUUCACACCCCGGUUGGUCGUCAGUGGUCCCCAGUCUACCGCUCCCUGGUCUGUCCUUUGGCCAGCGAAAUCAGGAAGGGUUGAUUGGGCUCGUGGUUGACGAUAGCCGGAAUCUCCUAUACUCGCUCUCUAAUCUGUCAACUAUUCGGACUUACCACAUGGAAAGCCCCGAAAAACUUACCCCGGUGAUUGAAAAGGACAAGGUGAGCUGUCUGCGCGACUUUGCCCACAUUUUGAACAGCUCUCCGCUCUUUACGAACAAGACCAACAUCGUGUCGCUUUCUCCCAUCCCCGCGGCCGAGGCCUCGAAACUUCAUCUUAUGGCCCUUACCGAUACCGGUUGUCGUCUCUUCUUCAGCGCUACUAGCUCUGCGUCGUACACAAUCGGGGGGUCAACAAGUCUGGCCCCGCAAAGCAUGCAGCUUCAAUUCGUCAAGUUCCCGCCCAGCAGUCAGUUGGCUGACGCAUCCGGAGCUGCAGCCGCCCAGGCUGCUGAGGCGGGGUUAGACGGAAGUUCACGAACACUCAAGCCCACCGCGUCCGGUAUCCGGUUCGAGCCAGGUUAUUUCUUUGACGUCGUCAGGCGGCAGGGCGGUAAUGACGAGCUCUUCGUCUCCGGCCCCGACACGGGGCGGAUCAAGGGCACCACACCUGCAUCAGCGCUGAGGUAUUUUGAACAGGGAACGUGGAUCGACUUGGGACAUGGGAGCCGAGUCCUCGAGGUCGGCCUGACGACUGAGCCUUUCUCUGCUGCAAAGCAGCCCCUGGGCUUUGGCAACGAGCUUGCUGUCCAGUUUGAUCACGCCCCAGCAGAAUUCGCGGUGCUCACUAACACUGGCGUCCAUGUAGUACGGAGGAGAAGGUUGGUUGACAUUUUUGCCAGCGCUAUUGGGAACUGCCACAACGCCGGCGAUGAGUUUGAGAAGGAGGUUAGGAGGUUUCUCAACCAGUAUGGCCGGGUGGAAACCGUCUCAGCUGCUUUGGCGGUCGCAUGCGGACAGGGAAGCGAUGUGCGGCUCGGCACCAGCAGAGCCCCGGAUCACCGGAUCGAGAAUCUCGCCCGCGCCGCUUUCGUCGAAUACGGAGGCCAACCAAGGCUCGCUGAAUCGGACGGGAGGCAGCCAGAAACGGAAUUCGUGAAGUUGUCCUCGCGACACGACGCCUUGGCUCUGUAUCUCGCCCGCCUCGUCCGGGUGUUGUGGAAAUCCAAGGUUAUCACCACCAAGACUGAUGCAACGAAAGGAACCCCCGUCGUAUCUUCAACUAUCAAAAUCCCGGAUCUGGUUCUCGUUCAAGAAAACGUCGAGCGGCUGCGGCAUUUUCUCGAGGCAAAUAAGAGCUCAAUUCAGGGUCUAGCUGGGCCGUCCGACAGGAUUUCCAGCAGACAAGAUGAGAUCGCUCUGCAGAAAGAGCAUCAAGCGCUGCAUGGGUUGCGGAAACUGAUGGAGAGUAUAUCGGAAGGCAUUUCGUUCGUGCUCAUGCUGUUCGACGAGCGGGUCGUGGACAUCUAUACCCGUCUCGACGCUGGGUCGCAGCAGCAACUUCAAGACUUGACCUACGAGGCGCUGUUUUCUCAGGCGCCCGGGAAAGAGCUCGCCAAGGUGCUAGUCAAAGCGAUUGUUAACCGCAAUAUUGCAAGCGGCGCCAACGUCGAGACCGUUGCCGAUGCGCUGAGAAGAAGAUGCGGAAGUUUCUGUUCACCCGACGAUGUCGUCACCUUCAAGGCUCAAGAGCAGCUGCAGCGUGCUUCCGAGCAAGCUCACAAUCCCAAUGUCCUCCGCACAGUACUCGGCGAAAGUUUGCGUUUGUUUGAGCAGGUCGCAGGCAGUCUCACUCCGGCUAAUCUCCGGAGCGCUGUUGAGCAGUACACGCAGCUCAAGUAUUAUGCUGGAGCCAUCCAAUUGUGCCUCACAGUGGCGCGUGAAAAGGACCGGGGGAAUAAGGCGUUAUCAUGGGUUAAUGAUGGAAAACCGCCCAACGAUGUCCGGAAGAGAGCGUUCGACGACCGCAAGGCUUGCUACAAUCUAAUCCACGAGGUCCUGGACAACCUCGAGGUGGCGUUCACUGGCGAACCAGAAAUGUUUGACGGCCGUCCGACCCUCGCGGCAACGAAAAGGAUGGAAGCGUACGCGGUUGUGAAUGACUCCGCAGACGAGGUCUUCCACUUUGAUCUUUACGAAUGGUACAUUAGCAAGAACUGGAUCGACCGGCUCCUGUCUAUCGAUUCUCCCCACGUCGUCACAUACCUCCGGCGGCUGGCGGAAACCGACUACCAGCAUGCCGAGCUUCUCUGCCGGUUUUACACACAGCGCAGUCGCUUUUUUGAGGCUGCCCAGGUACAGGCGGCUUUGGCGAAAUCCGAUCUAAAAAUUGGCAUCAAGGACCGAAUCACUCUCCUCAGUCUGGCAAAGGCCAACGCAAGCGUUAAUACCGUCGGCGUCAGCCGCCAGCAACAGCAAUUACUCAACCAUGAGGUUGCAGAGCUCCUCGAGAUUGCCCAUAUCCAGGACGAUCUGCUCGAGCGGUUAAGGGCAGAUCCUCGGCUCCCUCAAGAGAAGCAGGGCGACAUCAGCGAAGCCCUGGAUGGCCCCGUCCGAAGCGUCAACGAUCUCUACAACGACUACGCCGACCAAGCGGGCUACUUCGACCUGUGCCUCCUUAUCUACCACGCCGCCGACUAUCACAACCCCCGCGUCAUCACCGAAACCUGGGAGAACCUCAUCAACCAAAUCCACUACGAGACGGAACAGCGUCAGGAACACUGGCAGGCUGUGCAGUCAGGCCAGCCCCUGCCAGAGGGUGUCACGGCCCCCGCACACGAGCCGUCCUUGCCGUACGAAUCCGUCUCGCAGCAGAUCGGCAUCAUUGCGCACCGCACGUCUCUCGACAGCCUCGUCUUCCCCGUUGACGCGCUCCUCCCCCUCGUCUGCGCGUACGCCGUCAGCAACGGCCAGGACGCAUCCAUCGGCGCCGACCCCUCGUGGCCGGUGCUGCUGUUCCUGAACCUGGGCGUGCCGCACGCCCUGGUCGCGCAGGUGCUGGAAAACAUGUUUGACGCCCAGGAGGCGCCGUUCACGGGCCGCCGGAGAAGGGCCGUGGUGCAGUGGAUCGUUACGGUAGUGGACGCAUGGGUCAGGGACGUGGAGCGGCGCGGCGCCGUGGGCAAGGGCGGCACCGACGCCGCCAUGGGCGCUUGGGUUGCUGAGUUGCUGGCCAGGGCGGACGAGUCUCUGGUGGUGGCGCAGAACGGGGCCGGGGCCGAGGUGGUGGACUUGAAGAGGGCGGUUCAGGCGCUCAAGAAGAGCGUAGAUGCGAUCGUGGGAGCGGAUCCGGGGAUGGGGAGUUUCAUCUUUCGGUGA